AUGGACGAGAUUUUCCAUGUUCGACAGACGAGAAAAUAUUGCGCUGGUAAUUGGAGCUGGGAUCCGAUGAUAACGACACCACCAGCUCUUUAUAUUCUGGGAAUUCCGCUUUGUGGUUUUGAAAGGUACACGAACAGUGUGCUCAUCGCAGUUACAUUCAUCGGCUUUUGUUGCUUCCGAAGGCAAUUCCACAAAGAUGCUGUACAUUCGUCAGCAGUUGCCGCUAUUCUAUUUCCGGUGCUACUUCACUCUUCAGUGCUCUACUAUACAGACUUACUCUCACUAUGUGCUGUUGUUUGGGGAUUCACAUUGGAUUCUCCCGUCCUUUCUUCGCUCACAUUCACAGUAGGCGUUUUGACUCGUCAGACAAACAUUGUAUGGGCAGGACUAAGUGGAGCCGUGCGUCUUCUUCGUGAUUUCGACACUAGUCGUCCCAUUUCUACAGUUGUUUCUUCUCUUCUGAGGCUUUUCUCGUUCAUCGUUCUUGCGUUUGCUUUCACUGUUUUUGUAUAUAUCAACGGAGGCAUUGUUUUGGGUGAUGCCUCGGCACACCACCCACGUCUACAUCUCGCUCAAUUCUUAUACCUGGGUCUGUUCACAGGUAUACAUGCUUGGCCGCACACUAUUCCACGGCUUCGUAGCUUUAUAUCAAGACUUAUUCACCCGUUCUCCGCUUUGCUAGCCAUUCCAAUCGCUUUAUCGGCUCAAUACUUUGCUUUUGAUCAUCCAUAUCUUCUAGCAGACAAUCGCCAUGUGACGUUCUAUCUGUGGAGGUGGUGGCUCGCAGAUCCCGUUCGCCGCGUGCUUCUAACUCCUCUGUUUCUAGGCUCUUUCAUAUUUAUCCGUGAUCUUUCCAAUCAUAUCUCUCCUUUUACUCGCAUACUUUUCGUUCUAUGUUCCUUUGCCGUGGUAGUGCCGGCUCAUCUAUUGGAGCCUCGCUAUUUCAUUAUACCCUACGUUCUAUGGAGAUUAUCCGCAAAGACCUCCUCGAAUAGAUUUAUCAUCGCAGCUGAGAUUCUAUCGCAGCUACUUGUCUUUUUAGCAAUUUUCUUGUUAUUCCUUUUCAAGCCUUUUGAAUGGGCUAACGAGCCCGGUGUUAAGCAGCGUUUCAUGUGG